GUCAGUAUUUUAAAAUUCAUUUGUACUUGACUUUUUAGGACCCUCUCUAAAGGUCAGACCCCUACUAUCUUUGAAAUUCCAAUUUUUGUUUUAUUUAGUUUUGGAAAAUGAAUUUAACUGUGCUUCCCAUGGGAGCCUGAAACUUUCUAUGUAGCCUGGAGUGGCCAUGAUUGUGUAACCCUCCCAGCCUAGCUUCCACCUAUGUAGUGUAUGUAAUUUUUUAAAUUAAAUGCACAAUAGAGAGUGCAUCUCUGACCUCUCCUCUAGUGUAUAAAGUUGAGUUGAUUUGCUGUGAAACUUUGACACAUUCUUUAGUUUCUCUGGGUGUCAAUGGAUACCUUAGUAAAACAGAAAUUAAAGCCCCUAGCCUCCUUCCCACAGAGGACUGGCCUGAUGAUCCAGAAUGUGUAAUAGGCAGAAUCCAGAGUUCUUUUGCUUCAGGGCUUUCAUGCUGUGUGUGUGUGUGUGUGUGUGUGUGUGUGUGUGUGUGUGUGUGUGUGUGUGACAUUCAUGUUCUUGGCUUUUAUGUGGCGUCCACAGGUAGUACCACCCACAGCCCUCUCUCUAUGUGCUCUCCUUCCUAAGACUCGUCCUAGAUAAGAAUGCAGUGAGCUUUGUGGAGCAGACAGGAGUCUGAAAAUAGUGGCAUAAUGGGGCCAGAGCAGUCACUGAGAACAAAGGGAUUCUAGGCUGCUGUCCCAGAAGUCCUGAUAUAUAUUCAUACAUGAAUCUAGCCUGUAAUCAUGUGAUUAUCCGUCAGCCUUCUAGCCUAUAACAAAUAUAUUCACAACCACACAUUUCAAGACUUACCAAUAAGGAGACCCCAUUUAUGACUUUAUUGCCCAUCCUAUCUUGAUAAAAUGAGCUUCCUCACCACAUUGUACAUGGAGGUGGGAGCAGGCUCUAUGGCCGAACAUCAUACUGCAUAGUUUCUUCCCUAGAGAUAGUUCUACUUUAUGGUUCAGCCUUUAGCCCUGAGUAUGAAGCUGAGUAAACCCUGUGUCUAUAACCAAUACAUUAAAACGUCUUAGAAUUUUAUCAUUUUAUUCUGUGCCAUCCUAAAGUUUUAAGGUUUUUUUUUUUUUUUGGAUGUUGCUCUUUACCUCAGAAAAACCAGCUCUCCCCUGUCCAUUUCCCUGAAAGCUGUCAUAAUAUCUACCAUGGUGAACUGGGAUUUCUUGUCACCAUGUUUAUCUCUUCUGCAGCAGAGAGAUGUAGAUUGUGAACAUGAUCACUGAACAAGUGUCCUCCAUAUCAGAGCCCAAGAUGAACAGUCAGCAGGUCACAGGGAUCCGGGUCCCAUCUUCAAGGAGCCCACAAUCUACUUAGGUACCAGACCAGAGGAACCCCGGCUCAUGUGGCAAUAUGAGAACUGAAAGCUAAGCUUCUCUCAAGGCUAUAAUACUGACUUUCAGAGAAGAUGAACACUAAAACUGGUCUUAACUAAGACAGAGUUCAGUGAGAAUAAAAGAUACUUCAGGCUGAGGAAGAGCCUAAAAGCAGGAAAACGCUGUGUUCGAGGGUCCUGUAAUCAGCCAGUGUGGUUAAACAUGGGGGAGUCCUGGGGGGUAGAAGACUGAUAGGUGGCUUAGGACUUGAUUUAGAAGAAGUUUGAAUGCUAGUCUGAGUCAUUUCUCUAAGGCUUGUUUUUUGGUGUUUCUGAGUUCAGAAUUGCUAACGGUAGUGAACAAUUUCAUAGUUAGUUCUAGGCAGGGUUAAAUUAGGGUGUCAAACCUGGACCCUGAGUUUACCCAUUCAGACCUUGUCAGAGGCCUUCUAGCUACCUAGCUCAGAUUUCUUGCUACUAAAAUUAUCUUCUUGAUUCUUGGCAGUGUUGUAAGGACAAAAUUGUAAACAUAAAAGACAUGUUCAUGUUGUUGGCUAGAUUACCUUAGACAAGCCAUCCCCUCCUCAGGCCCAUUUCCCUGUGCUAUUACUGGGGAAGUUUCAAAGAAACAAAUAAGAUAAAGAAAAUGUUACUUUGUGCGCACUGGAAAACAUACAAAGUUACGGUAAGAUCAUUAAAACAGACUUCCACUAAUUAUGUGACUUACUAGGAUUAAGAGACUCAUGUCUUGCAAAGUCUCUUUCUGAGACUCUAGGAGUUAUCUGCUAAUCUGGAAAAAACUCAUUAUAUUGUAUUUUUUACUUUAAAUUGAUACAUAAUUGUUUAUACUUGUGUGGUACAGUGCAUGUAUAUAAUGUACAAUGGUUAAUAGCUUUAUGUAUCACCUCAAAUAUCUAUCAUUUCUCCUUUCCACCAGCUAUAUUGAAGUAUCCAAUUAUCUGUUGUGAACCAUAGUUAUCCAGAUGUGCUCUUGAACAUCAGAAGUUAUUCCUCCUGUUUCCCAGAAUCCAUCCUGUUUGUUCUCUCUUUUCUCCCUCUCCUUUGCCCACUAGUCUAUACUCAGUUUCUCACCAAUCUCUUUUAGGUUUGUCCAGUAGGUGAGAGCAUGUAGUAUUUGAUGUUUUUUGCCAGACUUAAGUUAACAGAAACCUAGGAAGGAGUUUACCUUUCUAAUUGACACUCAAGAAGUCUUUACAGUAUAAAUGUUAAUCCCGUGUCACAAUAACGUGCUAGACCUUGCAGAUUACUUGGAGGGAAAAAGAUGAAUCAAUUACUGCCCAAAGGAAACAACAGUUUGAAUCAUAUGUAUUCAGCUUCCCCAGGUUUCUUCAUGUGUAUCAAUAUAUUGACUCUUCGCUAACAUUGAGGGAAUGGACCCUACUAUCCUUAUAUCUAGCAAUGGGCAGAAGUGAGAGUCCACCCAGACAGUAUGGUUCCUAAUCCCAUUGUUAUUGUUCUUAACUGCUGUGAUCCAUUGCCUCAGUAGGCUCCUUGAGAUAGGUAGGCCUUGACGUUGAAAGUCUUAUAUGCUCAGCAACUGCAGUGAAUCUAACCCUUGUAUAGACUAAGGUUCUGAGAAGAUAUUUUAGGAAGUGUCUUAAAAGGCAAAGUAAAGCUGGGAGCAUUUGAGGGCAGGGACUGGAGAUUUCUUUUCCCGAGAGAUUGCCCUUGCAUAGUCCAGCUCAGUGGAAGAAAGUUGAGCCUCCUAAUACCCAAUCACUGGAGCUUUGCUGGGGGUGGGAAGGUUACAAAGAAUGAAGUAAAAGGGCACUUGGACAUCUUCCAGGCAAGCCAUGCAGUUGCAUGAAUUCUACAGAUAAAAGUCUGAAAAUAACUGGGGGAAUGGCAAUAAGAGUGGGGACAAGUGAAAGGGAGACAUCUGGAUGAGAUAUCUCUGCCUGUGGAUUUGUGCUAUUUAAAUAGAUGCCAUUACCUCUUAUUCCCCAUAGUCUCCUCAGUGUGGUUUCCACCUCUCCUAAGAUCCCAUCCCAACACUUUGGCUUGAAGAGUUUUAGCACGGGUUUGAAUUAGAUUCUGAUGCCUUUAGUGCUGGGUCAUUUCAGCAUUGGCAGCCAUGUGAGCGACCCUUACUUAUCGGCUCUCUGCCCAGCAAUGGCUGCCCUCACUCUCAUUCCUAAGGUGUCAGAUUUACUCUGAUUUAUUUAACCUUGGCUGGAGAGAGUAUAAAGGUGAUCAGAUAGUGCCAAUCUCUUUGAAGUGCCCAGGACAGCUCAUUUUAAGAGGGAGAGGUCCGGUAGAGAGGCAGGGAACAAACUCUAGGGAAAGACAGUUUUACAGUGCCUUGUUGAAUAGGGUGAGUGGUGAGGUAGUGAAAGUCUACUUCCAGUUUGGGCCUUUAAUUGCUAGCUCAAAACAUUGCAUUUUGAUUAGGAACAUUAUGUUUGUGGUUUUGUUGUGGGGGGGGGGGCUUGUAAUGAACCUCUGUUUCUGAGUUGGAGCUUAAUGUUCUAAUUAGGCCUGCUUUGAAAUCAAUUUCAAAGCUCAGACCUAUCUCCAUCACCUUUGUCAUGCACACAACACAGGAUGUAAGCACAUGAUCUUUGGUCUUUUAUUUGCAUACUCUACUAGUCCUGCCUUCAUUGGCGAGAAGUAACUGGCCAGACCUGGGCUGUCUUGCUGGCUGCCUUCCUUGCUGGGCUCCAACUUAUCUUCUAUGUACAUAGCCCUUGGAGUUCAGAGGCCUCUGCUGACUUCUGCUCAGCCUCUGGCUCUCAGCACCCACAUCCCCACUUGUACAUCUGGGAGCAGAAGAAAAAGAGGGAGCUGGAGAUAAUCUGUGAGAGGCUCCGAAGCCCAGUACAUCCCCCUGACUCAGCCCUGCCCACCUGCUGCUGUGACUACAGCAACAGACAAGACAGCUAGGAAGAUAGGAAGUGAGGUCCAAUACCUUGUGGGCAGUGGUGUCAUUAGCUGCAACGCCUAAGAUGUCUCGAGAGAUGGGAGAACUCACUCAAACCAGGUUACAGAAGAUCUGGAUUCCACACAGCAGCAGUAGCAGCGUGCUGCAACGGCGAAGGGGCUCCUCCAUACCACAGUUCACUAAUUCUCCCACGAUGGUGAUCAUGGUGGGUUUACCAGCUCGAGGCAAGACCUACAUCUCUACGAAGCUCACACGCUAUCUCAACUGGAUAGGAACACCAACUAAAGUGUUUAAUUUAGGUCAGUAUCGACGAGAGGCAGUGAGUUACAGGAACUAUGAAUUCUUUCGCCCAGACAACACAGAGGCCCAGCUUAUCAGGAAGCAGUGUGCUCUAGCAGCCCUAAAGGAUGUCCAUAAGUAUCUCAGCCGCGAGGAAGGUCAUGUUGCGGUUUUUGAUGCCACCAACACUACCAGAGAACGACGAUCGUUGAUUCUACAGUUUGCUAAGGAACAUGGUUAUAAGGUCUUCUUUAUUGAGUCUAUUUGUAAUGACCCCGAAAUCAUUGCAGAAAACAUCAAGCAAGUGAAACUUGGUAGUCCUGAUUACAUAGACUGUGACCAAGAAAAGGUUUUGGAAGACUUUCUAAAGAGAAUAGAGUGCUAUGAGAUCAACUACCAACCUUUGGAUGAGGAAUUGGACAGACAUUUUACAUGAUGAUCUCUUCUCCGAAUGAUGGCUAUGAGGAUUCAUGCAUCUUAAAGUCCCCCAGUCUCUGCAAGAUACACAAAAAAUAUUCAGCAGAUGCAAGUGUUCUGUGGGAGCCACUGCACAUGGAUCCCAGAGCUGCAAAGGGUGAGGCCGUAGAUGUAAAGCACUUCCCUCUAGGAAGAUCAAGGAAACAACUCUUGGAAACCAAAACUAUCAGCAGCCUCAUUGACCCUGAGCCACUCAUGUCACCCUUGAUUCUGGCUCCCACGCCCCUUCCCAUGGAGCUCUCUCAGAUUCUUAAAUAACUAGAGGAUUUACAGCUGUUACAGAAGAUAGAUAAGUCUUAGUUCAUGCUCUAAGUCUUCUGAUCCACUGGUUUCCUCACUCCUGCCUCCCUGCUCCUCAUCCCUGUCUCUCUCCUCCUCCCUCCUCCCCCCUGCUCCUCAUCCCUGCCUCCCUGCUCCUCCCUCCUCCCUGCUACUCAUCCCUGCCUCCCUGCUCAUCCUUGCUCCUCCCUCCCCCCUCCCUGCUCCUCCAGAGACAGACUGUUGUAUUUGAUUAUUACUCAGUGUAUAGUUACUACAGCUGUGCACCUAAGAAAGGGACCACUAGGAACUUGGUGCCAGGACCACAAGUUUGCCAGUGAUGUUUUGGACUAUUUCUAUAUCCCUUCAUACCAAUACUUGGCAUACUAUAUGGUUUGUGACAAGAAUAUUGACUUAUUAUCCACGUGUUUCCAAGUGUUUGAUUCUAACUGUUGUAAGAGUUCUCAAAGGGCAGAUAAGCUCUACCUAAAUAAAGCACAGUGCAUUAUUCAGAUAAAAGAACUUGGGAAUUGCAUUGUGAUUAAGAAAGGUCAAAUGACAGGUUGACUCAAGCUGAAGAAAGGAGAUGGUAGCCGGUGAAGAGCUCCUUGGAGUUGUCAGGAACAGAAUCUCUAGAUCAUAUACCCAGAACAAGACUCAGUAUAACACCUUGUUAGAUAGGAGCUGAAAUACAGAGGCUUGGAAACAGAGCAUGUGGUUGGGACUUUUUCUUGGGAUCAACCUUUCCUACUAUCAGCACCUAAGCUAUGCUUGCUCCUGCUUGGGUCUG